AUGUUCUCCACUCAGUUCUCCACCCUCGUCAUUCUCGCAGCUGGUCUGUCGACCCCCGUCUCUGCCGCUCCCGCUUCUGUGAAGCGCAGCGAUGCAGCCCUCGCCCUGGCGGCGCGCGAGCCUCAGCUCAACACCACUCUACCCAACCAGCUUCCCAUUCAAGGCGUUCUUCCAUUCGACAUCACCAUCACGCCUGAAGCGCAAAACACGACUGUCAGCCUUCCUGCUGGCUUUCCAUUCAAACGCGAUCUCGAGGCUCGCCAGUUCAACACCACUCUUCCCAACCAACUCCCCGUUCAAGGUGUCUUACCUUUCGACAUCACCCUUACGCCUGGAGCGCAAAACACGACAGUCGGCUUGCCCUCGGGCUUCCCAUUCAAACGCGGUCUCGAGGCUCGCCAGUUCAACGCUACACUACCCAACCAACUACCCGUCGAAGGCGUACUCCCAUUUGACAACACCCUCACGCCUGGAGCGCAAAAUACCACCGUCGGCCUGCCUUCAAACUUCCCAUUCAAGUUCAAGCGCGAUGACGAUGACGCCUCGAACUCCGACGAUAUUGACGACGGAGUCUUCAACUUUACCCGCAACGCCCAUCUUCCGCUCUGGACCAAAAUCCCAAUCGGCCUCUUCCCCGAGAACGGCAACAUCACAGACUCAGACAACACAAACGAUACCGACACCGACACCAGCGGCGGCUUCCCCUUCGUAUUCUGGGGCGACGAGGGCGACGACUCAGAGCAGGACUUGAGCACCGAAAAGAGGCAGUUCAACUUUACGCUGCCCAACCGGCUCCCGGUCGAGGGCGCGCUUCCGUUCGGGCUGAAUGUUACGACCGGAGAGCGAAACAGUACUGUCGGGCUUCCUUCUGGCUUUCCUUUCUAG